CGAGUGCGGGCGCCGGGUGGACAUGGAGGAAGGCUUGGCAGACGAGCUUGACGAAGAGGAGCAGCUGGUGAGAAAGCAACGCAAAGAGAAGAAGGAGUUGCAAGCCAAAAUUCAAGGUAUGAAGAAUGCCGUUCCCAAGAACGACAAGAAGAGGAGGAAGCAGCUCACGGAAGACGUUGCUAAGCUGGAGGCAGAAAUGGAGCGGCGGCACCGAGAGGAGCUGGAGCAGUUGAAGCUGGCUUCCCAGGAGGGUCAGAGAGAUUUUGAUACUGUCAACAUUUCAAACUUGGUUCUUGAGAAUCAGCCGCCUCGGAUAUCAAGAGCACAAAAGAGACGGGAUAAAAAAGCUGCAUUGGAAAAGGAGCAGAAAGAAAGGAUAGCUGAAGCUGAAAUUGAGAACUUAUAUGGAGCUAGGCAUGUAGAAAGUGAAAAACUUGCUCAAAUAUUGGCAGCUAGACAGUUGGAAAUUAAACAGAUUCCCUCGGAUGGCCACUGUAUGUAUAGAGCCAUUGAAGAUCAGCUGAAAGAGCGGGAAUGCCCUCUGACUGUAGCUGCCUUAAGAAGCCAAACUGCUAACUAUAUGCAAAGCCACAUGGAAGACUUUCUGCCAUUUUUAACAAAUCCCAAUACAGGAGAUAUGUAUACUCCAGAAGAGUUUGGAAAGUACUGUGAUGAUAUUAUAAACACAGCUGCAUGGGGAGGCCAGCUGGAGCUAAGAGCACUGUCUCAUAUUUUACAAACACCAAUAGAGAUAAUACAGGCAGAUUCUCCUCCUAUUGUAGUUGGCGAAGAAUAUCCAAACAAACCAUUAAUACUUGUAUAUAUGAGACAUGCAUAUGGCUUAGGAGAACAUUACAAUUCUGUCACGUGGUUGGUGAACAGAGUUACUGAAAACUGCAGCUAGUUUACAGAGUGUUGCACAAUUAUGUUUUUGUAUAGUGUGCGGAUAUGAGUAUUUAUACCAAGUGCGGGAUUGUUUUAAACAUUACUGAAAAAACAACUACUUUAAAUCAGUUUUAUGGCAUAGCUGCUAAUAGGUUUUUUUAAAAAAAAAAUGUCAGAGAUAAACUUUAACCAGUAUGCCCUUACUGGUAUUUUAAACACUUGUACGUCCAUUGUAGAGAGAAUCAUUCAUAGGCCAAGAUGCAACCCUAUUUGCUUAUAUUUUUUAUUAAUAUGGAAUCCUGAACAUUCUGUUGAAAUAAAUCUUAAUGUUUUAUUAAAAGCUUUCAGUAACCA